CCAAAAUCGAGCACCCACGCCGCACGCGGGCGCAGAAUGCGCUCACUUCCUCUAGGCAGCGGCCCCCAUCGUGGGGAUAAGUGGAACGGAAAAGGGUGCUUUCAAUCUCGCAUCAAAUGAUUCUGUGUUGUAUAAAGGCGCUGCUGCUGUUCCAUCGACAUGCAUAGCUUCAGCAUCCAACAGUAUUCACGUCUCCUAAUAAUUCCUCCACCACCACUACUACCUUCCUUUUUCGCUCGUUGUCUAGAUUUUUUGUUUUUCAACCAUGCCGAUUCUUCACGGUUCCUUGAGCGCCGAUAUCCCGCUCGAGAGCAGGCCGAACUGGGUGCCGCUGCUGGAGCAGCCGAUGCAUACGCGCCGCCCGUUGAAGGUCAUCUGCGUCGGAGCAGGGUAUUCGGGCUUGACGCUGGCGCACAAGAUCAAGCAUGAGUACAAGCUGGCCGAUAUGGUGGACCUGACCAUCUACGAGAAGAACACGGAUGUCGGUGGAACGUGGUUUGAGAACAGAUACCCGGGCGUUGGAUGUGACAUUCCGUCGCACGCGUACACCUUUCUCUUCGAGCCCAACCCCGACUGGUCCAAGUUCUACGUCCCUGGACCCGAGAUUCAGCAGUACAUCAAACGCACUGUAAAGAAGUGGGGCCUAGAUGAGAAGGUCCAGUUCAACUCCCGCAUCGUCGAAGCUGUUUGGGCCGAGAGUGUUGGCAAGUGGCGGGUGAAGCUGGAGCAGAAUGGCGUUUUUAAGGAGGAUGAAGCGGAUAUCCUGGUCAACGGCGCGGGUUUCUUGAACAAGUGGAAGUGGCCUUCAAUUGAAGGGCUAUCCGACUUCAAGGGCAAAUUGGUCCACACUGCAAACUGGGACGAUUCCUACGACUGGUCUGACAAGAAGGUGGCUGUGAUCGGAAACGGCUCAUCCGGCCUUCAGUGCGUGCCCGCAAUGCAGCCCAAGGUCUCAAAGCUCGUCAACUACGUCCGGAACCCAACGUGGGUAUCCGUCAACUUCUGCGCGGACAAGGCGAGAGACGGCAACAACUUUGCCUUCAGCGAGGAAGAGAAGAAGCGUUUCCGCGAAGACCCUGAGCACCACUACCAGUACCGGAAGGAGCUCGAAGCAAGCGUCAACGGCUUCUUCUACGCCAUGUGCAACGAUCACCCAGCCCAGCAGAUGCUGAAAGAAGCCUGCGAAGCGCAGAUGACGGAGCGCAUGAAGGACAACCCCGCGUUGAACCCCAGCGAGCACAUCCCGGCCUUCCGGCCCGGAUGCCGGCGCCUCAGCCCAGGCGACGGGUACAUCGAGGCCUUCAAGCACGAGAACUGCACGAUGGAGUGGACGCCGAUCAGCCGCAUCACGGAGAAGGGGAUCCAGACGACCGAUGGCAACGAGGAGGCGUACGACAUGAUUGUGUGCGCGACGGGCUUCGACACGUCGUUUGUGCCGAGCUGGCGGCUGGUGGGCCGCGGCGGCGCGACGCUCGAGGAGCGCUGGAAGGUGAAUCCGCAGGCGUUCUUCGCUGUCCAGGUCGAUGGCAUGCCGAAUUACUUCAUGUUCAACGGGCCGAACUGCCCCGUCAGUCACGGCAGCGUGCUGACGCAGCUGAGCUGGACGUGCGACUAUAUUUUGCGGUGGGCGAAGAAGAUCGCUACCGAGGACAUCAAAUCCAUCGACCCCCUCCCCGCAUCUGUCGCCGACUUCAACGUCUACGCGCAAGAAUUCCUCAAGCGCACCGUCUGGGCCAACGACUGCGUGUCGUGGUACAAGAACGGCAAAGCGGCCGGGUGGGUGACGGGGCCUUACGCGGGCACGAUCCUGCAUUUCAAGGAGUGCUUGGACAGCGUCGGCGGCGAGCACUUCGACAUUAGGUAUAGAAGUGGGAACCGAUUUAGGUGGCUGGGCGAUGGGACCACCGAGAGGGAGGAGGGAGGCAACGGUGACUUUGCGUGGUAUUUGGAUGGGGUGAGGGCGCAGCUUGAGGGGCUGGAG